AUGGCGCCUCCACUUCUCCUCCUGGCCUCUGUGCUGACGAUAGCUUGGGCAUCUGCUGGAACACCCGCGCAAGCCUAUGUGGCAGCAUACCCGUCGGACACCAAUCCCGAUUUCCCCUUCUUCCAGUGCGCUGGGGCGCAGACCUCCUACGGCUUGGUUCCGGACAUCUCGGAUAUGGGCGGAGGCCAGUACUGCUUCACAUUGUCGGCCACGUCUUGCGACGACAGCUGUUGUAACUUGCCCUUGACGAACAUUGAGUUCAACGUGCAAGCUCGUUGCGUGAUUGAUGAUGCAUUUGUGUCGGCCACCAUCAACGGAGUUCCCACGGCAAUUAGUCCCGCAUUUGAUAUUCCUCAAGAUGGCCAACCUGGCAGCGCAGUUUUGCGAUUGGCCGGGCUAGGUCUGAACCUUGCCAGCAACGGCGCCCAAAUCUGCAUCACUCUGAAGCCUAACCUGGACGGACAGGGCUGCACUACUCUGAGGGAGCUCUGUGCCUUAUCCAGCGAAGGCACAGAAGAAGGGCCGUGCUUGGUUGCCAUGAUUGGUCCAACAUUGGAAUGCUGCUCGCUCACGACCAUUGGAAGGGACCAGACCCCACCGCCGCAGUCGGCCACCCCAAGCCAGCUUAUUACAGUACAACUUCCUCCCCCAUCUUAUCCCGCCUACCCCUCGAUCCCACCGCCCCCCACUCCCUCCACCCCGCUCUCUCCCUCUUCGUCUAUCUUUCAUCCCUCCCCUUCGCCACCGUCCCGUUCUCCAACUCCACUUCCAACGCCGUGCAGCACUUGCCUUGUGCUGCGGCUCGACAUGGAUCUCCCAGAUACAGUCUUUUACAUUGACGAUAAUGUCUGUUCUGCUGUGCAAGAGCAGAUUGCCUCCAACAUCACAGCCCAAAUUAGAUCAUUGGGGCUCCUCCCCAUGAUUGCCAACUUCACAGCUGAUCCUAUACGGUGCGAGGGUCAAGGAAUCAGCGUUUGUGGGACCUUCUUUUCAGCGUCCGACGCCAAGAAGCUUGAGCCCUGGGUAAGGCUCCAGGCCCCGUCUUGGCUCGGCAGUUUGGUUGGCGAUUGCAGCCCGAUUUUUGCUGGGCUCAGUUUCCGGAUCACGACGGAUUCAAAUAAAUGCCUAACCGUGAACGCCGGAUUGAGCUGCAGCGAGGACGAGGUGGCAUUUCCGUCUCACAAAUGCAGCAAAGAGAAGUACACGACGCCAUUCUACGCGAUGCCGUCGGCAACAAAUCAAGGGCCAGGCCGCCUGUCGAACACCAACCUGUACUGCUUUCGGACUGCUAUUAUUGCCUCGGAUGAUUACCUGGUAGAGGGCCCUUGCAGCUCGGGCACGACGCUCAACAAGGCUGAGAUUUGGGCCGACCAAAACCUCCGCCGCCAAGUCCGCGGAUUUCGACUGACCCCCAACGGCGGCUACCCCCUUUGGAAGUCCGCAUCGUGGGAGGCCAUGGGUGGAAACCGACUGAAAGUAACCAACAUCAACUGGGGUCUGUCGGAGGCUCACGGUGGUGAGAUUUGCAUUGAGCUCAAGAACAUCACCUCCCUGAGUUCGCUGUGUCUAGGAGACCACCCAGGAACCUGGUGCUCGUUCGUGCAGUCAUGA